AUGACUAUUACCUUCUUCGACCAUCACUUCGAGACAUCUACGCCUCAGUCUUCUUCGGAGUACUCCUCGGGAACAAACACCGAGCUAGACGCAUGGACUCCCGGGGUCGCUUCCAUGCCACCGUCGCCACCGUAUCCUCUCGGCGUCAUCGCAGGGCAACAGCAACACUCCCCUGCGCGUCGUUUCCUCCCCACUGCCGAUACACUCUUCGCCUCGCAGCAAGCAUACACCCACGUCAACCACGAAAAUCCUCACAUUCUCCCCUCCGCUUCCACCAUUUCCCAGCAGCCAAAAAUGACCGUCGAGUGCUUGGAUUCCCUCAUCGCGAGUUCGCACGCCUGGCAGCAGCAGGAGCAGCAGAGGCAGCAGGCCACCACCGCGACUUCAAGAGGAUCCCCGCAGAAGAAUUGGACUUAUGCGAGCACGAUACACACGGGGAAUUGGAAAACGGAGGCGGCGGGAGGGCGUACGCGGACUGUGGUAGCGUGCGAGAAGUGCAGGCAGAGGAAAGCCAAGUGCACUGGCGGGUCGCCCUGCGAGCGCUGCAGUGCGCGCGGGCAUACGUGCAAGUACCCGGAACGAAAACCGUACGGCCCGAACUUGAAGGUGAAGCGUGCUCUCGACAUCCGCAGGCACCCCGGCAUCGCCCACCCUCCAGGCUCCGCCAGCGGCUCCGAGUCGAGAAGUAGCGACGGGAUGUCUUCAGAAGGAUCCAGUCCCCCUGGAGGCGAGGUCGACUCCCUGAUGUCGAGUCAGCCGUCGUCGCCUGCGCGCUACUCGCAGUCUAGGCCGUCCUCGGCGCACGUUAUCCACACGCCUCCACCGCUACCGCUCGAGCCGUCGCAGCUCGUGCGCAAUCGCGUCGCGCGACGUCGUGCUGUUACGUCCGCUACGUCUCACGGGGUCCGUCCUGUCGUCAACACGCCCCAGACGCACAUAUUCUACGGCGAACACCCGCUGGACCAACAGCAUCGGGCCUACAUGCAGGCCAACAUGCAUAAUUGUAUCACCAUCCCGAACGAUCCUAUUGACGCGUUCGUGCAGCGCGGCAUGACUCAAACGCAAGUCUUUUGCGCUCUUCGCUCUUCAACGUCCCACGAGACUGACGUGCUCUCCUCCCCCUAG